GUGUUUUCUUGCACUUAACAGUAGUAUUGGCAGUGUGUAUGCCUUUGCCAGACUGCAGUCGAGAAGUGUUCUGAAACAGCAAGCCCUGCAAUUUUUCAUUGUCGAACAGAAAGCCAUGGAAGCGCAUCAUUGUGAUCACAGACAGACCUGCUGAUAUGGAAACAAAAGCAGAUCUCAAAAGAUCAUUCAACACAGCAAAGCCCUUGACAAUGGUGGCCUUGUGCACAGGACUCCACUGGAAGAAUCCAUAGAAGAUAUCAUGUGAAACAUCAGGAUGAAAAGUUUUUCAGCUAUUUGUCCCCGUUGCCCAAAUGGGCAGAGUUUAGUCUAGCAUGAGACAGCAGAGGGUGAGCACCCUAGUUUUCACACACUAAAGGUGCUGGGGGCCAGUAAAGCACUAAGCCAAAGAUUGCGGAGGUGGAAACCAUCACACACGCAGUAUGUUUAAGACCAGCUACCGGCAUGAGGUGCGCAAGCAAAAGUACGAGCGCACUGAUGUCUUCGAGGAGCCCAGCAGCCCAGAGACAGAGUCGGCUCCAGCCGGCGGGCCUUCGACAGCAACCGUCCAGGGCUGGGACAGCCUACAGGAACUGAACAGCCGCUUUGCGCGUUACAUCAACCGUGCACGCGUGCUGGAGCAGCGUAACGCUGUGUUCCGCAAACAGCUAGAGACUCUUCAGCGCAUGGAGGAGGCGCCAGGGCUGGAGGAGGCCUUCAGAGAGCAGAUCAGCGUCAACAGACAGCGCAUCCGAGAACUGCUGUCGGACCGAACUAAGCUGGAGAGGGAGCUCAAAGACGCCGAACGCAUGCUGGAUGAGUACAACAGCAGAUACAGAAAUGAAUGUGAAUAUCAAGAGCAGCUACGGCACACGCUGGAACAGCUCAAUAAGGAAGCCGACACGGUUCUAUUGAGAAACCUUGAGUACCAAAUCCAGCUGCAGUUCCUGCAAGAUGACGUCAACGCCACCAGAGAGAGACACAAAAAGAACCUUGCUGAAAUCCAGACGUAUCUAAACAUCCUGCACCAGAUCAAGCAGACUAUUCCCCUCAUGGCGAGCACGUCUGUCUCAGAGGAUCAGGAGAGGUUGAUGGCCCAGAGGCGCGCUCCAGCGCUGCGCAGUCAGCUGGAGGAGUACAAGAGCGCCAUCUGCCAGCUCCAGGCGCAGAAACAGCGGCUGCAGACAGAGACCUCUGUGCUGGAACAAACCAUCAAGACCACACAAGAGAGCUACGACGACGAGAUCCAGCAGUACAACGAACAGAUCGAGACCCUCAGGAAGGAGAUGGAGGAGGCCGAGAGGUCACUGGAGAAAUACACUGACAAGUGUCGACAGCUGGCCAUGUACCAGAGCUCUCUGGACAACGAGCUUGAGCGCUACAAGAGAAUCAUCGAGAAUGAAGACAACAGAUUGAACUCAGCAAUAAUUGGGACACCCAUUACUCUGUUCACAACCAACUAUAAAUACAGCCAUAGUCCUAGCGUGAGCAGGAAAGGAAAAGAUAUCACCCAAGUCAUCCAAGACAUCACCAAUGUAAAGCCUCGUCAGAAGUACUUGGCUAAGAAAGUGUUUAAAAAGAAAGAGAUUGCAUCCAAAGGAGCUAGUGGACUUGAGGUGAAGCCAGCAGAAGAAUUGGAGGAGGAAGAGAAAGAACAGUUGAUGGAGGAGCAGGGAGUUGGAAGUGAAGAGCAGGUUUCUCGUGAAGAUGUGCCUGAUGGAGCCCAGAUCAGCAAAGCCUUUGACACUCUCUGUAACCUCAUACGCGACCGCAUGAGGCGUGUAAGGAGACCAGAACCAAUUGCUGACUUCUUCACCAAGGGACGCUAUGUACUAGUUACGGGCGACUCUAACUACCUUGACCCCUGCUUCUUUUCGACUACCCCUUCUGCCAGUCACGUCUAUGUUACAAUCCAAGAUGGCAUGAUGCCUUAUGAUCCGUACUGGAGAGGUACACCCUCACCUAUCCCAAGCCCCAUAUCUGGACCUACACCCUUAACCCCUACCACACCUUCAGAACCAGAAACUGGACAAGAUGAUCGAUAUAGGAAGGGGGGUGGAAAUGGAGAGAGGGAAAAAUACAAAAAUGGACCAGAACCGAGCCCCGGUCCACCACCAGGCCCUCAUGACGACAAAGGCCCCAGACCUCCUCCAGGCCCCAGGCAGCCCUCACCCCAACGUGGUGGCAAAAGCAAGACCUCGGACGAUCCUAGCAGCUUUCGAGGCCCUCCACCCAUGCCAUCGCCUAGCUCCAUACCCCCUAACUCCAUGACUUAUGAGAAGGUAGAAGUAGUGGAGUCAGUGGAGAAGCUCUCCCCUGACAAAAAAGUUAAGGGCUAUAAGGAGACAACCACAGUGGUUGAGACCAUGAUCGAGAAGACCAGCAGAAAGAAACACGCCGAUAGAUCUUCUUGAUACCACUCAAACAUUCCACAUGUUCUAUCCAUUCUUGCCUCGGACCUUCUCCAGUUUUGCCUCCUGCCUGCUGUCGAGAAGAUUCCUAGUGCUGCACUGUUAACAUCCUGCAGCACUGCACCA